AUUUAGAUCCUAAGACAGUUACAGAGUGUGCCCAGCAGCGAUUUGAAACUUGAUCUGCCUUCAGGUACCUACGCCUGGUCACACUCCAUCCAAGUUGCAUUUUAGCUUUAAAACCAAACACAACGAAUAUCCUGAUCGUGUAUCCAGGAAUCCCAGGAAAGGACUGUCCACAGGGGUACGAGGAUGCCGCUGGAGGGGCUGUGCAUCGAGCUGCGCCCGAACCUGCGCAGUGGCGUGGUAUUCCUGCAAUUCGACCAUGACAUUGGCACCUGUAACCAGACGCGCCUCGUCAUAAGGGAGCACAAUGUUUACAUUUCUGAGGGCUCCGUCACGACGUCCACGCCCAGAAACGACAGCGACAGUGAGGAGGAGCACCAGGAGGAGGAUGACGGGGACUCGUUGGUGAUCAGGCACGACUGCUUCGGCAUGGACAUUGGCUGCAUCUCGGUGUUCGUAGUCACGGGGAACCACAUCAGCUUUCGCUUCAAUUAUUCCCAGAUAGACCUCGACGCUCUGGAUGCUGGCUCCGUCCAAGUGGCCAUGGAGCCUCUGCUCCUCUCCUGUCGGGAAGACGACCCCUUCGCCCUCGUCUGUCGCAAUUGCAGCGCAGAGUUGGUGGAUAAUCGCGGUUACCGAAGGCUCCGGGAGUUUCCCAGCUGUGUGGUGGAUCCCGGGGAAUUCUUCUGCCACAAUCAUGGAUCUGGAUGUGACAGCAAGCCGCCCAGCCUGGUCCCGGCGGAGACAGAUCUCUUCUACGGUCUGAACUAUGUGGUGGUGAGUCUGAACCAGACCAAUCCCAACAUCCUGAUACGCGAAGAUCAUCUGUACUGUCGACGCUGCAUGCGGUUUCUAGGCCUGGCCAUGUUCAACGGAGUUGCUGCCCGUCUAUGGGCGGAUGCUGUGAGUUGGCUGCCAUCCGGAGGAGGAAGUACAUCCCCGCCCAGACACUUCUUUAAGAGCUCUUCACUGACGCAGCUGGUAAAGCGACUGCUCUACUCCCUGUGGCCCCAGCCGUUGCCGCAGCUCUGCCUGAGCACGAGUCGAGCGGCGCUGGUCACCUCGUUGCCUAACCGCUGCCACCGCUACAUGCUCAUCCACGUGGUGGAGUCCCAGCUGCGAGUGCUGCGUCGGGUCCAGCCGCAUUCGAACAAGCUGCGCUGCUAUCGCGCCUGCAAGCUGUACUUUGGGCUCUUUGGAUCCUCCAGCCAGGAGCAGCCGGAACUAAUGCAGCAGUGGCAGACGGAGCAGACGCUGCCCCAAAUGGAGAUAUCGCCGGACAUGUUCCAGGCCCUGCUGGAGCGGCUCGAGGCGAAUAGCCAACUCAUACCCUUGGCCUGGCGCUCCAACGCGUCCGACCAGCAACUGCAAUUGUCGUACUUCUUCUAUGAGAACGAGGAGGAUCGGACGGAGAGGCUGGAAGUGGACUUGAUGGCCUUGGCCAAAAUGAAGCUCGAGGAUCAGUACGAGACUGAUGCGGGGCAUGCCAGUGAGAGCGAUGAUGAGCACUCGGACACGGACUCGGAUGCCGGGCACUCGGAGGUGAACAGAAAGCGUCCCUUCAAACGCUACCCGCCCACUCCGCCCCGCCUCAGUCUCAAUCUGUCGCAGUGCUCCUCCACCUCGUCCUCGUCGGCCUUCUCGGAGGGGAAGUAGUCACCCCUCUGAAGUCUAGAAUAAUUUAUUUUCUAUUUUUUGUUUGGUUUGGUUGUACAUAGUUAUCAAGAUUAUCAAGAAGACCCCCAACUAUUCUUUAGGUUUCUUAGUUUAAGAGAUAUUCUUAGAGAUGUUUCUUAGUUUAAGAAGAAAGUUUUGAUUUUAUUACUCGAUACAUUAUAUAAUUUUUGUCUAAUAUAGUUUAACAAACGUGUGGCAACAAGUAUUAGCUGGAAAAACACUUUCAAGGUGACUGUGUAGGGCCGUCCUU